AUGGCCAAUACAAAAGCAACAGCAGCAGCAAGUGUAACGGCUACAGCGACAGCUAACGACGACAGCAACAGCAACAACAGUAGCAGCAGCGAGAAUCAAUUCUCUAUGCAAUUAAAUGCUUCAGAAUUAACAGCGAUCAUCAUGAAAGGUUCUCCAAACUCCAACGAUCGCGACGCUGGCUUCUGCUCCGGCAGCUCCGAGGGUGGCGACGAUCUUGAACGCGAUGCACGCCUCGAAACCAGCAGUCUCACGAGCCCCACCGACGCUACCACAGAGACAUCUGAGGACUCCGUCGAAGUCAAAGUCACGCCCAUCUCAUUGGUACGCAACAAGCGCAAGAGUUCGGAGCCCUCAAAGGUCGUCGACGCUUGCACCACAACCUCCGUGUCUACACUCGCCACGGCGCCGCUCAAGAAACGCAUACGUUAUACCUCAACAACAGAUUCGGCUGUGGUGUUGACACCACCCGCGCUCACAACGCCACCACCCACCACGCACGGCAUCUGGGAUCCUAGUCAAGUGUUGCCGCAUGAAUUGAUGCCAAAUCCCGCACAGGUCUUUGUACGACAUCCAGGCGUAACCACGUUACAUCGUAUACCCACGCAAACAGUUGACGAGCAGUUGGAGCCACUCGCACUGAUCGCGAAGAAACCAACUACAAAUGUUGUUAAGGUUGAGUGCGAGGAGGCGCCCGCGUAUGCGUCCACGAAAUUUGCAAGCAAUAAUGAAGCGUCCACGUCGAGCGCAUAUGUGCCGAAGAAGCAACAAGCGAGCGCCAAUAGUCAAAUGAAGUUCCUGGCCAAUAAUAAUAGCGCUAUCGAUGCUUUGCCGCUCGCGUUAACCGCGAACGUGCAGCAUUACGAGGCGCUGCGACAAAAUCGUCAGUUACAACAACAACAACAACAUGCACCCGCAAAUACCCACGCAACGGCAACCAUAACCACCGCCAAAGCAGCCCCAACAUCUGCGACGCAAUACUACAAGCCCAACAGCGUUGCUGAUGAGACGCCCAGCGGUAGCGGCGGCGCUGGCAGCAGUGCGAGUGGUAGUGGCAGCGGCAGCGCGCGUCCGCAACAACGCAACUACAAGAAUAUGACGCGUGAGCGCCGUAUUGAAGCGAAUGCACGCGAACGUACGCGUGUACAUACCAUCUCGGCGGCCUACGAGACAUUACGGCAUGCGGUGCCCUCCUAUUCGAAUGCGCAGAAGCUAUCAAAGCUUUCCGUUCUGCGUAUUGCAUGUUCCUACAUAUUGACCUUGAGCCGCAUGGCUGGUCACGACUACAGCGCUGACGGUUCAGAGCCAACGCUAGCCGAUUGCUUUGACGCCGUCACAGAGACAAUACAGACUGAGGGCAAAAUCAGGAAGAAGAAAGAUGAAUGAAGUGAGAGACAGAGAGAGAGAGAGAGAGCGAGAGCGAGAGAGGAGUGCGGGAGCGUGCGCGUGAGCGCGAACGUUGGUUUCAUUAGUGCGUUGGGCACUUAAGACUCUAAUAUUUGUUUAUAACUUUGAAUAUAUAGUUUUUACUAAGAUUCGUAAGGCAAAGAAAGUACACAUAUUGUGUCCACAAAGCCGGCUAAACUUAAGCUAAUGUAAUGUAAUAAAAGCUCACUCGUUAUGUGAAAGUGUGUAUUAAAACGAAAAAGCUUUAAAAGCGUUGAUAUGGCUUACAAAAAACGAUCAGCUAAAACUAGAGCAGGAAAACAUGAGCGCAGUGAAAGCUCAUGCGAAAGCUCAAUACUUUGAUAUUAAAUACUAAGUAAUAAUUUUGAUAAGUAUUUUGUGAUUAAAGAAAACGGCACAGAUCUUUAAUAAUAUUAAUUGCGAGCAAAUUGGUGGAGUGGAGAAAAAGUUAAAAAUAAAAAUAAAGUAUUAAACUUAAAAAAAUAUAUACAUAAAUGAAAGUUUUGAAAAAAGAAAGUACAAAUUAUAUUAAAGCAAGCGAAUUAGUUGGGAUGAAAGCGUUAUGAAAAUGACAAAAUGCAAAAUGAAGAUUAAAUG